AUGGGGUUGAUUCAUCCCGCACUCAGAGAUUUCUUCCGUGAAAGUCCGGACGAGACCAAGGCCUACCAAUUGCUUACUGAUAGCUUCCGCCUCCGCUGCGACGAUAAUUUCACGUGGGAUCAGCAUGAACACGGAAUCUAUGGCGAGAAGGCCCCAAUGCCUGUGUUUGACGACUUUCUCGUUCGUGCUAAACGCGCUGACGUCCUACCAAGUUGGUGGAAUGAGGAGAAGGAGCAGAAAUGUAAGAAGAUGGCAAUGGAGGAUACAUAUUUCAACAUCAAGUUUGCGACGGAAAAACCAGAUGUCACAGAGCAAUGA